AUGUUUGACAACGCUGUCGUUGCACGCUACUCUUCCCCUGCCACUGCUGCCCUUAGCCGCCUCAUACUGCCGUACCUCUUCCCUGACCUCGCCGCUUUUCUCACAGUCGCUGACCUCAUUACGCACCUUCGCACUAGUGACAUUCGCUACCACGCUGCGCUUCCUGCUGAGUUCUGCGCCAAGACCCCCCCCCCUAUGUACAUCACCCUCUACUACAUAGUCACGCGGCUCCCUGACACCCUUCGCUCGGUCAGGGACCACUUCCUCUCUGUUUGCCCCACCACCCUCACCGUUGACCUCCUCGAGGAGCACCUCCUAGCAGCAGAAAAGAGUAUAGUCGCUGUAGGAGCCUCUCGUGGUGACCCUCGUACCCCUGUCUUUGAGGGGUGCUCCCCCUCCCCCAUCUUGCCCUCUGUUGCCUCUGCUGCUGCGGCCGACCUCGUUGGUCUUGAGUCGGUCGGCGCGGCAUCUACCCCUAGCGGGAGACGCCGCUCAGGGGCAAGGGGGGCAAGGGCGCUGGAGGAGCUGGCGGGGGCAGUGGAGGUGGCGGAGGGGGUGGGGGUGGCGGUGGGAGUGGUGGCGGGAGUGGGGGCACUCGUGGCGGCAGUGGAGGCGGAGGAGGCAGCGGUGGUGGCGGUGCGAGCGGAGGUGGUGGAGGUGGAGGCGGUGGUGGAGGUAGCGGCGGCGGAGGUGGAGCUGGUCGGGGCGGCUCUUCGCAGAGGGUCGGCUCCGGUGGUGCGGGGUGGGGGUGCUGGUCCCUGUACCUACGUUCUACGUACAGGCGACCGCACGGGUGAGCAGUGUGGGGGUCUGCACUCCACCCAUCGCUGCUUCGGCCGCCUGACGGACGCUUGGCGUUAUCAGUUCCCCGACGCUACUGAGAUCCCUCCCUGGGGCGAGCUGUUUAGGGCGGGCAUUGAGGCUGCUGCUCUAGGUGCUGGUGAGGCUGCUGCUCUAGGUGCCAGUGAGCCUGCUGCCCCAGGUGCUGGUGAGUCUGCGCUCUCAGGUACCGCGUCGGCUCCGGCCACCCACACCUUCACCCUUGACUCGGGUGCUUCCCGCUCCUUCUUUCAAGACCGCACCACGCUUACGCCGCUUAGUCGGCCAGUGGCAGUCUCCCUGGCAGACCCCUCUGGGGGUCCUGUCCUUGCCCACUUCUCCACUGUUCUACUGUGUCCGGCGGCCCCUUCUGGCACCCUAUCGGGUCUUUACCUCCCCUCGUUCUCUACAAACUUGGUGAGUGGUGCUGACCUCCAGGAUGGAGGGGCCUGCGGGUGCUUCUCGUACUGGAGCUGGUGGUGCUGCGGGCGUCGGCGCUACUGA